AUGUCGGUGUCGCAUAGGGGGAGCAUAGUCUCUACGGCGACGGGGGGCUCGAGCAGCCGGGCGGGCGUGGUGCCGUCGUGCACGCGGUGCACGCUGGCGAUCACGACGGGGCACGCAUACGAGCUGGGCGGUGACAGGUGGCACACACACUGCUUCACGUGCUACAAGUGCGACAAGGAGCUGACGUGCGACUCGGACUUUCUGGUGCUUGGCACAGGUACGCUUAUUUGCUUUGCGUGCUCCGACUCGUGCAAGGGCUGCGGGAAGAAGAUAGACGACCUGGCCAUCAUAUUGUCGUCGUCGAACGAGGCAUACUGCUCGGAGUGCUUCAAGUGCUGCAAGUGCGACCGCAAGAUCGAGGACCUGCGGUACGCGAAGACGAAGAAGGGGCUGUUUUGUAUUUCCUGCCACGAGCGACUGCUGGCAAAACGCAAGUAUGCGGAGGAAAAGAAGCGACGACUGCAGAAGGAGCUUCCGAUCGUCCCGGGGCAGGCAGGCGCAACGACAGGCACGUCCACGCCUGACCGCGAACAGUUCAAGAUCCCGGUGCGCUCUGCGGCGCGGCCGGUGUCGCCGCGACGGUUGAGCGAGCCACGACGGCUGAGCGAGCCGCGACGGCUGAGCGAGCCGCGGCGGCUGUCGCGCCGCGGCUCGUCGACGUCGGAGAACACGGUGCCGUCGACCAAGAGCACGAGCUACAGCGCGCAGCGGCCCGACGCAGACUCCGCGGCGAGCGACGUUGUGCGCAGCAACACUUCACAAGGGCUCGGCACGGUCACGACCGCCGACACGAGAUCCACGAGUUCGCUGGGGCCUGCCCUGGAUCCACAGGAGAGACACAUAAAGAGCAACUCAUGGUCUGUAGUUGCCCAGUUCCUGGAGGACGACGAUGAUGGAAGCGACUAUGGUACCAACACGGAUGCGCCAAGCAUCAAUAUAGAUAAGCACUCCAGCGAGUCGCCGUGCGCCACAGCGAGUGCAGACAGUACAUCCGACAACGGAAAGCGCAAUUCCGCGGUGCAACCUGCAGCCAAGGGUAUAGGGACCCCGCCGCGCGAGAGUGCUGACGACGAGAGCAGCUCCCGUGAGCAGGACGUUCGCAAGCGAGCUUCAAAGGAUAGCUACGAUGUAGUCACACCAAAGUCGCAUACGCGGAACCUCUCUGUAGACGAUGUUCUUCAGCGGACGCUGACGAAAGACUACUCCGAGAGCACGAGCACCAUUGAUAAUCUAGCGCCGCCGGCGAACGAUAGACCGCGGAGAUUUCCUUUGAACAAGACGCCUUUACGGAAUAGGGACGAAUCGCCGAUCAACGGGAGAUCUCCCGUAUCUCAUAGGCGAGGAUUAAUCAUGUCGGAAAGCGGUGAAUUCAUUAACGAGCUUUUGGCUAGCCCCAACAACGUUGAACAUUUAAAGAAGGAUAAUGUAGCUCUAUCUGAGCACAUCGACGCGCCUCCAUUAGUGAAGGGACUUGAAGAUCCCGUCCUCCAGAAGGAUAACACUGCUGGGAAACACUUCAAAGUUUCUGGCGCGUUUUCCUUCUCACCUAAGCUGGAAGUUGCCGCGGGCACUGUUGGGAAUCAGAGUCACUUGACCCAUUCGGCAUCUUCCAGCUCACUCGAUCCUAAACAUGUGAGACCGCUCAACGGAACAGGGAACACUUCCAACACCGGAACUCCAAACAAGAUGGGAUCUAAACUUGCAAGAUCUGCUUCUGUUAGGUCCAAAGUAGCUAGCCUAAUACAUGGCAAGAAAACACCUACCAGAAAUCAAGCACCAGAAGGUGCCUACGAUACCCAUACCGGCUGGGGUGUUUCAUCUAUGUCUCAGCAGCACCCCGCCGGUGCUGCCACGAAUUCAGUGGGACGAAAACUGCCCCCUCACGGUCGUGGCCAAAGUGAUUCUACCAUAUACAAUCAGUUUUCACCCACGCUCAAUACUAGACCGUCGUUCGAUCACCAGCGGUCACAUAGUGGUACCACAGGUGCAACUAAUGUUGCUAUCCAUAUGACGCCACCUCUGAAUACCAUGGACUCUCCGUACAGUAACAGCGUGCUGGAAAGGAAGAUGAGCGUGGGGAGGAACCAUAUAGUCGGCAGGGACGCCUUAAUGGAAAAUAGGACACCGACGAAUGAGGAAUUUGUUAGGCGCGAUAUAAUCAGCGAAGAAUUGCAGCUGCGCCAGCUCAAGCUAGAGAUAAAUGAUUUGCAAUACACCAAGACGCAGCUGACAUCAGAAGUAGACCAGCUGAAGAAGCUAAAAGAACAUCUACAGUUUCAGGUUGAUCAGUUGAAAACUGAACGGAAGGACCUGCAGAAUACAGGAACUUCCGUGGAAUCACUGGACGACGUGCAAGAAGUGGUUGUAAAGCAGGCAGUGACUGCAAACACAUCCUCCAAUUUGAAACCGCGGUUCUGGAAAUUUUUCAGUGGCAAGCCAUCCUCAUCAACGGGGUCCGCUAGUGGAAGUUCUGGAUCUGGACCAAGCACUGGAAACCCUCAGAUAGGCAUUUCACAUCCUGUUCUUCAAAAUCCAAACGAGUUUGACGACUGGAACUUGAAAGCUGUAAACAACGGUGCAGAAUUGUAUGGAUCGUCAUUGGAGAGCAGAGUCGCCUUUGAAGGUACAGAUAUACCAAUGAUUAUUACCACAUGUAUGCGCCAUAUAGAAUCCAAGGUGGAAUAUUUGACCAGCGAGGGGCUGUACCGGAAGUCUGGCUCACAGCUUCUGAUCGAGCAGAUAGAGGGCGAGUUUACCCAGUGGAAGCCGAAUACACCUCCUCCCGAACGGCUGCUAGAGUUUCUGAGACAGGACAUCCAUGCCGUCAGUGGGGUGCUCAAGCGCUACCUCCGCAAGUUGCCCAACCCUCUUUUUACAUUUGAAGUUUACGAGCCCCUCAUGCAGCUGGUGAGGGACGAGAAACUAAGUUCUUCCGUACCCCUCAAAUCCGCUAAGUCUAGUCCCGUGUACGCGCCAGCAAUAGAGAAGCUGGCUGCCAUCCUCAAGACACUGCCGCCCGAGCAUCUGCGCGUGCUGUCAGUCAUUUGCCAGCAUGUGAACCGCGUGGCCCAGUACCAGGAUGCAAACCUAAUGAACAUGAACAACCUGGCACUGGUGUUUGCUCCCGGUAUUAUCAGAGACUAUACCGGCGAGAAAGACAUCAUCGACAUGAGGGAGCGCAAUUAUCUGAUUGGAUUCAUCUUCAUGAACUACGAGGACAUUUUCGCGAAAAUAUUUUAG